CUCCAGUGUUCAGUCAUGAUGGCUUCCCUUUGGCAAGGUGCUCUGCUCUUGAGCCUGGUAGCUGCCAUUUCAGUUUAUGCAGACAUGAAGCUGGACUGUAGGACUGAUUUUGUGACGCUGGUGUGGACAGAGAGCAGAUCCCGGGCUGAUCCGUCACUCUUUCGUCUCGGUAACUGUUUUCCCACCAGCUUCACGGCAAGGGAGGCUGUUUUCAGUGUGGACCUCGAUGACUGUAACUUCAGGAGAAUGGUCACAGGGCAUCAGCUGAUGUACACCAACGAUCUGACCUACAUUUCUUCUCCUGACUCUCACAUAGUCCCCUUCACUCGCCCAGUCGCCUGUACAUAUGAGAGGCCAAAAGACUGGUACCCGCUCAGCUAUGAUCCUGUGUUUAAUACAUAUGGUCAGGGAGAUCUGGUGUUCCACAUUGGGCUUAUGAAUGAUGACUUCUCGGGCCCUGCUGAAUCUAGUAGUUUCCCUAUGGGCUCCUUUAUCCCAAUCAUGGCCAGUGUGGAGCAGAAGACCCAUCAGCCCUUGCUGCUGCUGCUUGAGGAAUGUGUAGCUGCUGCCACGCCAGAGCUGCAGCCUGAAAGCAAUUUAUACCCAAUAAUCACAAAUAAAGGAUGUCUUGUGGACAGUCAGACAUCCCGCUCAAAAUUUGAACCACGGCAAAAAUCAUCCGAGAUCCACCUUUCCCUUCAGGCCUUUAGGUUUGAACUUGGAAAAGAGGUGUUUAUCCACUGCAAACUUGUGGCUUGGGAUCCUGUUGGUCUCGACAGCACAAAGAAGGCCUGUCACUAUGUCCAAGGUCAUGGCUGGGAGCUUCUGGACAACCCUUCAUAUGCCAAUCUAUGUGACUGCUGUGAUUCAAGCUGCAAGUCCAGGAGGAUGAGGAGUGUAGCAUCAGGGAAGCUUGGAGUAGUACAAAAAGCAGUCCUUGGGCCACUUACCAUCACUGAUGUGAAUUCCUGAAGCAUCCAAAAAUGGAUCCAUCUU